AACAUUAGGAAUAUCGGGUGUCUGUAAUGGAAGCUAAAUCUUCGAUCAGGGAUCGCGUCGUCUUGUCUUGGCAAAUAUAUUUUUGCUGGAUUUCUGUGAGUUUAUAGUAUUUUAUAUGAUGCAUGGUUUGGAUUUGAAUAGAUCAUAACCUACCAUAAUACUCAUACCUUGCAUUUUCCUGUAACAAGUGACUUAGUUCUCGAGGAUCAGAUAUUUUAACCGAUUAACUGAGCUGACUGCAUUUCGAAUGUUCGGAUCCUUGCCCUUAUCCAUGGGCUGGUAGCUGAGUACACGGUACCGUGCGAUACGGCGACCGCUAGCUACCCGAGGUCGGCCGAGUAGAACCCCGUCGGCCUCCUUCAACGUCCUGUCGGCUGUAACACAUUCGCUCAUUUCAUUGUGGACUUUAUAAAGUGAUCUUGAUAAGUAAACAACCCGUAAAACAAUACUAUGGCGGAUGAGACAACGACUGUCUUCAAAUAUUUGUCCAGGUUAUUGUUAUGUAUACUGAUAUACGUUGUUCUGAAAACGGCAUUUUCACAGUUAUUUAGUUCUGAGGAAGAAGCCCCUUUUCAAACUUGGUUGAAGGGAAACGAGUUGACACAUCUUGAAAAGCAACUGAGAGACGCUGGCUGUGUGAGUGUAGAAGAGGCAGCCCAAUUGGAUGUUAAUCAGAGGGCCUUACGAAGACUCAAACAACGUGACAAGGAGCAUCUUGAAUCAGCCAUUGAAGAGUUACAAGACCAGCUCUUACUGAAGCAAUGGUUGGAAGAUUAUUCUUCACUUAGUCUAUUACCGAAACUUGAUGAUCUUGACAUCACAGCGUAUAGCGAACUUCAUAAAGUGCUGGACCUUGAUUUAGAUGACAUAACCCAGGACGACGAAGACCCUCUCAAAUCCAUUGCCGUAUACCUUGAACUCAACAACCUACAGAGGGCAGUAGAGAAGCAGAUGGCAUCGGAUCGCCCAUAUGAGCUAGACUUCUCACUGGCAAGGCGCAUGUGGAGCGGGAUCACACAUUUUGUGCAGACAUUUGGCAAUGUCACCCUUGCGACAUUGAUAUGUGCUGUUGGUUUUGCCUGGGUGAAUGGGAACUACCGUACCGCUCAGGCCAGCGGGGUCUCCUCUCGUAGCAGGAAUGCCCCCAUCAUCGACUACAUCACAGGAAGCUUGGUUGACCCAUGCGGGUGCCUGGUGGACUGGGGAUGGGAGGGGUCAGUUCCUGUGGGUGACACCAUGUCUUUCACUAUCAAGUUCUACCAAAGGAACGGCAUGAAGUAUGCGAUCUCUGAUGCAGAUCAGCUAGCCAUUGAGAUCCUGGUCGGUCAGCAGAGAAUGGCCUGCUCCGUAGAAUACAGUGAGACAGACUAUAACUUAGUCAAGUGUGCGUUCACUGUACGUCGGUCGGGACUCUAUAACAUCUCCAUCCGUCUGGGUCCCACUCCUAUCAAGGGAAGCCCCUUCAUUAGAGAGUUCUUGGCCGGUGAUGUGGAUCCUCACAAGACAGGUUUUGUCCAACACAGCUCCACAGUGGUGGUCACACAGGGGCUCCUUCAUGGACUCCAGGUGGAGCCAAGGGAUCAGUUUGGCAAUACAUGCUCUCCGGAGAGAUGGAGCAAGGGGCAUGACGAUGGAGACAAGCGAUGGCAUGGUUUCGAGCUCAAAGUCACAAGGGUCGGAGACCAAGAGUUUGAUUCUUUCAGUCCCCUUUACGACAUAGCCCCGGUGAGGGAGAGUCAGUGUAUUUCGAUGAUCAUAAAAUUGGACUUGGCCGGCUGCUACAAGGCAACUGCAACAUACCACGGUACACAGCUCAUGAAUGGAGAUUUCAACGUCCUUGUGCUGACUGAAACGGACAUUGCAAAGGUGAGCAAGACGAUCAAGAAGAAGCAUGUGGACAGUUGGUACGAAGCAACGUUGCUUGCCACCAACAAGGAGAAGUUGCGCAAGCCCAGGAAGGUCUACUGCUACAUCUCCUCCAAACAGUUCACCAUCAAGGAGUAUUACCUCAUGGUCAUCCCAAAGAGAUUAUUCACUUUCAGGGUGUGCCCAGCAACCAAGUUUCAUUUUGAAGGUGGAGAGGUCGACCAGAGUGUGCCUGUGUUUAGCAUAGAUGACGGAGGGCAGCCUCCCAUCAAGCUCGCAUCCAAGCACAGAGACAUCAUGGCUGCUACCUUCACCAAGUUCCUCCUCAUGAACAUAGGUGGAUCUGAGACAUUUCAAGACAAGCAGAAAUGUUUCUACUCGGAAGUUAUAAAGCAUCAUAACAGGAAAUUAUCAGUCAUUAGCCUUGUCAUUGAUAGACACAACCUUCUAGAAAGUUCGAUGAAAGCCACUAAAAGCCUGUCAACAUCAGAAUGGUGCAAGAAAUUUGAUAUUCACUUUGUGAAUGAAGAAGGUCAAGAUUGGGGAGGUCUGAUGAGAGAAUGGGUCAAUCUCCUCUGCGUCUCUCUCUUUGAUCCCGAGAAUAAACUCUUCAAACGCUUUGAGGACGACAACAAUCAAGCCCUGGUCCAUCCCAACCCAAACCGCCCAUCCUACCUCAGCAAGUUGAAAUACUAUGAGUUUGCAGGGAAGCUGAUUGGCAAGUGUCUGUUCGAGUCAUCCGUUCCCACGGCAACCGCAUCUCAGAUGGUGGUCAAAGCCAGGUUCACUCGCUCCUUCCUUGCACAGCUCAUCGGUCUCAGAGUCACUCAUAAGUAUUUUGAGACAGACGACUCUGAAUUCUUCACCACCAAGGUGAGGUAUAUCCGAGAUAAUGAAGUGGAAUCCAUGGAACUGAACUUCUCUGAGGAGGUCUAUGAUUCAGAAGGACACCUUGAACAGGUUGUAGAGCUGUUACCCGGUGGCUCAAGUCUCCAAGUAACAGAAGACAACAAGAUGCAAUACCUUGAUCUCCUAGCCCAGUAUAGACUCUCAACAUCGGUCCAGGAGGAAAUUGAUGCAUUCCUCAAAGGUUUAAAUGAUCUGAUUCCAGACAACCUACUGAGUAUGUUUGAUGAGAAUGAGUUAGAGUUGCUCAUCUGUGGAACAUGUUGCUUUGACCUGGCUGACCUCAAGGCUCAUCAUAUCCUGGCUGGGGCUGGACCUCAGUUCAGAAAGAUGAUAGAGUGGUUCUGGAUUGUGAUAGCUAGCUUCACCCAGGAGGAGAUGUCUCGCUUGCUUCAGUUCACCACCGGCUGCUCCCAGCUUCCCCCGGGAGGCUUUGCUGAACUCAGACCCAAGUUCCAGCUGGUAGCUGCCCCAACCCACGGUAUCCUCCCAACAGCUCAUACAUGUUUCAACCAGCUGUGCUUGCCUACUUACGACACCAUCGAACAUCUUCAGAAGUCCAUUGUAUUAGCCAUCACUGAAGGGAACGUGGGCUUCGGAAUGGCAUAACCAAUAGGUCAAAGGUCACAAAAUGAUCUGCUCAGUUGCCGUGCAAUGAUGGUAGGGAGAACAGUCCAGUGCAAUCAUUACAUACAGAAUACAUAUAUAUAUAUUUAACAGAUUUGGCUGAUUUUAUUUGAUUCAUUAAUUUUUUAUCGAAUAGUUGAUAAUUAAACGGUUGAAAUUUUUAUCUUGCCUCGUGUUUGCAUGAAAUUCUGAGCAGAUAUUGAACCAUGUUCGCAAAGGCUGCCAUAAAGUUCAUCAAUUAAACCACUGCUGGAAUUGAAUUUUUUUUCAUGUGUAUAAAGUGAAUGGUAAGUGGAGUAAAAGAAAAAUGGCAAUGCUCAAAGGCUGCUAUCUGUAAUCGGAUUUAUAUGUUCUGAUAUAUACAGACUUGUGAUGCAUGGUACGCAGGUGUGAUGUCAUUUAUCUGCAGCAGGUUUUUUUUAAAGACUUUUCAGGGCAUCAUGACUGCCAGGACGGGGCUUUAUAUAGUAAGAAUGAAAGAAACAGGAAUAUAAGCUACUCCAGAUGUGUGCUAAUUGCUUAUUAAGAUGAUUUAAAAAAAGAUUCAGAUUGAUUUAAGAAAGAGAGAAAGGGACAUUUAUUGUGCAAGAAUUUCUGCAACUCCAUAUCCAUUCAAAUCAUCUCAUGUCUAUAAUACACAGUAUACACUUUGCAGUGUUUUCUAUGGAUGUUUUAGUAUGCUUUUACACGCAUAGGAUACAAAAGAUAUUCGUGGAGACCAUUGAUAAAAGUCUUGCAGUACGUUUUGAAACAAUUUUGGUUUUGUAUCUUGAGUUGAAUGUAUCCAACCAUGUCAUACUGUCGACCCAUAUUCACAGAGCUUGCUUAAUGAAGUCCACUUAUUUAUGGACUGCUAAGUGUUCCACUUACUAAUAUUUGAAACAAAAUUAAUAAAUGAAAUUAAAAUAAGAAAUAUGUUUCAUAAUGACAGGAUUGGGGUGGGAGAUAGAGGGGUCAACAAUCAACAGACUCCUCUAGUCUACGCGCUAAAAGUCAAGGUUUAAAGCUGGAUAAGUUUGGUGUGCUGUUCAUGAAUAUCAGACAAACAAACAAUUCUUUUCUAAAAAACUUGUUCAGUCAGUAAUGAUGGAAAUAUCAUUUGUUUCUAAAAAUGAGCUUUGUUUAUCUACAUUUCAUUCAAUUCAGGUUUAUUCAAUUUGACACCGUUCAUUACUAUGCGUUAUGUAUGUUUUUGCCUAUGCAACUUCAAAGAGCAGGAUCAAGUCAUUUUAUGCAUGCUUUAUACGGUACCCUUGUUAUGUAUCUGUUUCUGUUUUAUUUUACCCGUGGCUGAACGUCUUUUUAUUCAUUGUGUAUCAUAUGUACCUUGCUUCUAUGUUCUAGAUUGUUUGUAUUGCUUUCUUGACUUUUAGUUCUUGAUAGAGUGAUGUCGUGUGGAUACAAAACAUGAUGACAAUACAAUG